UCUCUCUCUCUCUCUCUUCGUACCCGAUUCCCAAAAUCAAAUCAAACCACAUUCCAUUUCAGUCUUCUCCUCUGCAACUGCAAAACAAUAACAAUGGCAGCAACAAUGAAAGUGUAUUCUAUUUUCUCUCCUCUUUACUACAGCAAAAAGGGCUUUCAAAUUGGGCUGUGGUUAGUUUGGCUAUGUGGGUUUAUCUUGAUUGUUAUCUCCUUCUGUGCUACUCAGUUAUUGUCUUCUGCCCUUAAAGAUCAGAUCAUAAAAAUGCCCAAACUUUUCGACAAUGGCUCUGGCAAUUGGGGCGGUCCCACAAUUACUAUAUUUUCAGCUCCAAGCCCUUUUACCGGUUCAGUUGGGGCAAGGCAGGCUGUAGCUGUGAGAUCAUGGCUUGGUUUAUCUCCAGAUAUUACUAUUGUUCUGUUUAGCCAAGACCCCUCUGUUUUCUCUUUUGCAGGAGAAUUUGGUUCUCGGGUUUCUGUUGAAGCCAAUAUCGAUUUUACGUUCCUGAAUACCCCCUUCUUUCAUUCAAUGGUUGCCAGAGCACAAGCUUGCACCUCAGAUAUAUCUGUUCUGAUUGAUCCAGAAACCAUUGUUUUGCCGGAGGUCAUUUCCAUUUUGAAUCAUGCUUACAAACUUGAUCAUGACUGGCUCCUCGUUUCUUCAUCACGUUAUGUUUCCAACUUCCCAUUUCACUUGGAUGCAGAUGGGAAACAGUGGCAGGCAGAUGACGGUGCAACGAUCAGAAACAUAGAGUUGCAGGACAUACUUGCUCAAACUUGGCAGUGGAAACGUUGUGAACCGAGGAUGCUUAUGGCAUGGAACAAUGGUGAUCAUCCUUUACAUACUGGAGUCCUGCCUCCUUUUUUGUACGGAAAGGGGCUCCACAACCACUGGAUCAUCCAUGAGGCCUUGUCAUCUGACUUUAGGUUUAUAUUUGAUGCCAGUUGGACAGUCUCAAAUUUUUAUCUGGAUAAUCUUGACCAUAGUUCUAAUCAAUCCAUCGGAGGUUCAAGUGGUUCCGAUGUUGCAAAGAGAGGUUGGGAGAAUGUUGUAAACUCCAAUCUGGGGGUGCUUUAUGGAUCCUUAUAUUUUCAUGAAGCUAAUCAUUCUAAGUUGGUUAGGUUUCUCAAGUGUGAUGGGCACUAUCUAUUUGCUAAUACAGCAGAAAACAUUGUGCAUCCAUGGGGAUACCAGGGAUCAUUGAGCUUAAGGAAGAAUAGAAUCUCCAGGUCCGGGGAGAAGAAAAUUUUAGAUUGUAUUGAUUCUAUUAAAUCAUUUGACGGAAUGAAAGACUGCUCUGUGAAAGAUCACUUGAGGCUGUCAACAUCAUUUUCUCUUCCAUUUUCCCUAGAAUCUCUUCUUUCUCUAUGUGCAGAUAAGAAUAAGACAAUUGUGCUAGCGAUUGCUGGAUAUAGUUAUAAAGACAUGCUAAUGAGUUGGGUUUGCAGACUUCGCCACCUCCUGAUAUCUAAUUUUUUGGUCUGUGCUCUCGACCAAGAAGUUUAUGAUUUCUCGGUUUUGCAGGGCCUGCCCGUUUUCAAGGAUUCAUUUGCUCCAACUAACAUCAGCUUUGACGAUUGCCAUUUCGGAACAAACUGCUUUCAGAGGGUAACCAAGGUGAAGUCCAGAGUGGUUCUGCAGAUAUUGAAACUGGGUUACAGUGUACUUCUUAGUGAUGUUGAUGUGUAUUGGUUUAGAGAUCCAUUACCAUUUGUUAAAUCUUUUGGUCCUGCUGUUCUCGUGGCACAGUCUGAUGAAUACAACUUAACAGGACCCAUAAAUCUACCUCGACGUUUAAACUCUGGCUUCUACUAUGCUCAUUCGGAUGGUUCUACAAUUGCCGCAUUGGAAAAGGUAGUCAAGCACGCAGCUAUGUCCAAUCUUUCUGAGCAGCCGAGCUUCUACGACUCGUUGUGUGGAGAAGGUGGGUCCAAUCGUGUGAGUGAUAACAGAUGCUUGGAACCAGAAACAAACAUGACCAUUCAUUUCUUGGAUAGAAACCUCUUCCCUAAUGGUGCAUACCAAGGUCUGUGGGAAGAAAAAGAUGUGCAAGCAACAUGUGUGAAGAAGGGCUGUUUCAUUCUCCACAACAACUGGAUCAGUGGGAGGAGGAAGAAGCUGGAACGUCAGGUUUUGUCAGGCUUAUGGGAUUAUGAUCUUAGCACAAGGAUGUGUUUACAGAACUGGCACCAGACCAAAUUCACAAAUUAUUUCUAGCUUGAUUGAUGCUUACUUACAUUUUUCUUCAUGGGUAACACUGGCUUUGAUGCGGAGGGGAAGAAUACAAUGAGAUCUGGUUCCUUAGCUGAUAAAAUUUGUCCUCAGCCUUGGAUUUAUCACUGGCAUUAUAUGGCAAAAUGCCAAAAUUUGUGAGAGCCGGCUUUGCAAAAAAAGGAUGAUUGACUGGGGCAAUGCUUUUGAAAUACCUCAAUGAAUUACCACAGUCCCCGUAUCAUUGGAUUAUAACGCUAACAACGAGCUUUUGGUUGCGGGCAAUGCUGAGAUGUGCUCAUUUCCUGGGUCUAGUGCAGUCCAUGGACAGGGAAUCCCGAAGAAAGAAAGAGUUGGAACAGGAUUCCAUUCCAUUUGACUUGAGUGUACAAUUGAAGGAUAUUGCUAUGAGGAUAAUUCAUGCAGGUGGGAGAGAAGAGCAUAUCAAAGUGUAAUUUCUGCAUCUCAAUUACUGGAGAAAUAUCCUGGGAUGUGUAUUGCCAGGCCUGAGGUCUUUAAAAAUCCCCAUGAAUCUAUUUUAUUGGGAGAAGAAAAGUUGUUGCCUGGCCAAAAGUAUUACGUAAUCCCAUCUACCACUGCACAGAAAUUGAAGCGUAGACACUUGAUCAAGGGAAAAGUAAAAGACCCUGUUGUAGCAAAAGAUGCAAAUUUAGAUCUGAAAGAAGGUGCAGAUAUAGGUGAAGAUUUUUCAGAGGAAUCUGUUUGUUCUGCAAAGGACUUCUAUGUCUCCGAGGAAAGGUGGUCUAGAUGUUCACGGAACAAAUAUCGAAAAGGACAAAAGCAAUUUGUACCCCCUAUCCAAAAGCCAAGAAUUUCGAGGGCAUUAAAUUGGCAGCCCAGUUUGACUUCUGUACCUGAGCUGUCUCCAUGAAUUUCUCCAUUACUUGAUGCUUGAUGGUUCUUAUUACUACCAAGUAUGAUCAUCGGGCGUGUAGAUCCUCCUCUGCAGUUUGUUUGCCACAAAAGGAACACAAGGUAAAUAUGCAGUAAUACAUUUUCAUGGUACUCUCUGGUGUUCUGCUAUUCAUCAUGUCAGUUUCUUUGACUAUCCUGACAUUUUUCCCGGAAUCCCAGCCUUAUCGUCUUAUUAGUUGGAUAUGCUUGACAAUCACUUUUGGUUGGGGGUUAACUGCAAGCGAGGGGAUGGGGGUGCAGAAUUUAUGUUUUACCAAAUAGCAAGAGGAAGUUAUUUCGUUCAUUUUGUAUGCUGUUAA